AUGGACAUGGAUCAUCUCAUCGGUCAGCGUUUCAACCUCAUCUCGAAAAGUGAAAUUCGCUAUGUCGGUACUCUCCAUGAGAUAAAUCCUGAACAGUCCACAAUUGCCUUGGAAAAUGUCUUCUCAUUUGGUACCGAAGACCGCAAAGUCGACAAAUUCAUCCCUCCUUCACAACAGAAAUAUGGUUUCAUUGUCUUUCGCGGGAGCGACGUCAAGGAUAUCAAGAUCGCUGAAGAUGAACCCUCACAACCAUCCCCUCCUCAGAACAUGCCCAAUGACCCUGCUAUCCUGAAUGCCUCGCGACCAGGUCCUCCACCGGGAAUCCCGCGUGAUGGUCCCUUUUCUCCUCCAGAAUACCCACAUCCUCCUCCCUUUGGUGGUUACUACCCUCCAAAUCAGUUUGGCAGAGGCUAUGGCCCGCCGCCGGGAGCCUUUGGCCCUGGUCCCGGGUUUCCCCCUUACGGGCCUCCCCCUCCUGGGUACUUUGGUCCCCCUGGCGGCCAGGGUUUCCCGCAAGGUCCGGGUCCUCACCCAUUUCCACAGCAUCCUCAGCCUCCAAUCGGCCCUCCCGGCUUGCGCGGCAAUGUACCACCUCCACCUGGUCCGCAGUCACAACCUCCUGACUUGGCUGUUCCCGCACCACCACCUCCUUCGACCCUGACAUCUGAACUCCCGGGUAGUAACAAGGCCCCAGAAUCAGCUCCUUCUCCUCCCAAAGAAACCCAACUCCCCACAUCUCUCCCGUCACAACUGUCCCAUGCCCAGGUCGCUGCUAAGGCUGCUCCCACAUCUGCUCCUGCGCCGGCAGCAGCAGCGGCUGCGGUAGUGGCGCCUCCCAAAGCCGCUCCUACAGGGCCAAAGAACAACCGGGUCGCUCCCGCAAUCCCUCUCACUGUGAACCAGAAAUCCUUCACACCUCCAGUCCCCGCCACGGCGGAUACUUCAGCAACGAACGGCGCCGGUGCGAAACCUCACAAACCUGUCCCCUCGCAAGCUGCCAUGGAUGAGGCAGCGCGACAAGCAAAAGAAGCGGUCGCUGCAGCAAUGGCAAAAUUGAACCCUCAAGCAGCUGCGGUCCCAACCAAAGAAACUCCCUCAGCGGCGGCCGUAGACGCUCUGACGAAAAAGGUGGCAGAGAUGUCUACAUCAACCACGAGCAACGGGACGGCUCGCGGGGGAAGGGGAGGAUUCAGAGGCGGGCGAGGUGGCAACUACCACCGUGGAAGUGGCCAGAAGAAGAUGGAAAUUCCCAAGUCUGAUUUCGACUUUGAAUCCGCCAAUGCGAAGUUUAACAAGGAGGAUCUGAUUAAAGAGGCGAUCGCUUCAGGAUCACCCCUUGAGGAGAACCCGACGCAGGAAGAAGACAGCGGAGAAAAGCCCACGCCAACGAGAAAAGACAGCCUAACCACUGCCGCCCCGGCCUAUAACAAGUCUACUUCGUUCUUUGAUAAUAUCUCGUCGGAAGCAAAGGACCGAGAAGAAGGUAACGACGGCCGUGCUCAUGCCAGACAAGUGCGCAGCGAAGAGUUCAAGAAGAACAUCGAGACGUUUGGCCAAGGGAAUGUGGAUGGAGGUUACCGCGGGCGCGGAAGAGGGGGUGGUUAUGGUCGUGGAAGACAAUACGGCGGAACUUAUCGCGGCGGCUACCACAACCGUGGAUAUGGCGGAUACAAUUAUCGUGGUGGCCGGGGACGAGGCGGACAGGGACAGGGACAGGGGCAGGGACAGACACAGGUGCAAACUGGUCAAGCUGCUGUGCAGAACUAG